UAGGAGGCAGGGCGUUUUGGCGAGCUGCUGAUAUAAAAUGCGGAAUUUGAAAGUCGUUCUAUAUAUUCUGUUAUUUUGCAGUGAAAGACAUUGACCGAUGUAAAUGGAUUGAUACUGAUAGCCAACGAAGAGGUUUUGUAGCAGAGAUUUUGUUACUUUUGGACUUUUCACUUAAAAGUUGAGCACAGAAACAAUGAAUGAAGUCAAUGGAAGUUGUUUGUUGAACAAGUCAUUGACAGAGGAUAACCGUUUCAGUAACCUGGAGGAUAUCGACGUGACAGCGGACGGUAGUCCGGCUUUGAGGUUCCUUAUCUGUAUCAUCUACUCGGUAGUGUGCGCUGUGGGAUUAGUGGGCAAUUUACUAGUGCUCUUCUUUAUAAGAGUUAAACAAGAGAGAAAAAAAUCCAUAAUUAACUUUUUUGUUCUCAAUUUAGCGGUGACGGACUUCCAGUUUGUGUUGACGCUGCCGUUCUGGGCAGUGGACACAGUUCUGGACUUCAGCUGGCCGUUUGGAGACGCCAUGUGCAAAAUCAUUCUCUCCGUCACAGUUAUGAACAUGUAUGCAAGCGUUUUUUUCUUGACAGCGAUGAGUGUGACCCGAUAUUGGUCUGUUGCCUCCGCUUCAAAAAACCGAAAGAGACUAAACCCGUGCUCUGUCAAAUGGGUGUGCGUAGUUAUUUGGGUAUCAGCAACAGUUGCUACUGCACCUACCUCCAUAUUUUCUACGGUGAUGAACGUGACAGGGGAAAAACUCUGUCUUUUGAAGUUUCCCGGUGGACAAUAUUGGUUAGCAGUGUAUCAUGUUCAGAAAAUACUAUUUGCCUUUGUAUUACCCAUGGCCAUCGUCUCAAUAAGCUACAUAAUGCUUCUGCGAUUCAUCCGCUGUCGUAGUAUGAAACCAAACAAUCCCAAACGCAGAUCUCAAGUCACUAAGUCUGUGUCAAUUGUUGUUCUAUCAUUCUUUCUUUGCUGGAUGCCUAAUCAUGCUAUCACUUUCUGGAGUGUGCUAGUCAAAUUUAACGUGGUUAAUUGGGAUCAGUCAUACUACAUUGUUCACACUUAUGUUUUCCCGGUGACAGUCUGCCUGGCGCACACCAAUAGUUGUCUAAACCCUGUUAUUUAUUGCCUUAUGAGAAAAGAAUUCAGGAAGAAAUUGAAGGACUUAAUUGAUCGGAGAUAGAACAUUUUAAGGCACCUGUGAAAAUGGUGAAAACGCACACUGGUAAAAAGAAAACCAGGCGCAGAGCCAGACGCACGGCUGAUGCGAAAUGUCACAAAGUAGCCUAUAGGCUGUAACGCAGACAACAAGAAAAUAAUGUUUGUUAAACAUUGUAUUGUAAUUAUAUUUAAUUAAAUGUACAUGAUUUGAUUGAUUUUAGUAACAUGAGCAUGAUGAAUAGCCUGCUGUGACUGUCAAUUCGUGAACAUAUGUAGCCUAAAUGCAUGCCCCAUGGAUUGACCAAAGUGUUCUGAGUGAUUGUUGUCUUUAUCUUAUUUAGGUUAACUAAUGAAUGCAACAUUAUGACAUGCAUACAUUGCCUGUAAAGUAUUUCUGUGCAACGC